GUCCGACGCGCACUUUAGUUUAAGUCACCGCGUCUUAAGACACAGUCAACACAACAGCAUCAGUUUGUUCUCUCGCGAGUUGUUCAUACUUAGACGCGAUAUAUACGCCGGUAAAAGAAGUGACGAACAUGUUAGAAUACGAUGAUGAGCUCUCCGAAAGGCUCGGGUUAUCCCUGCCCAGUCCAGUUACUUAUUUGGAUUCGAACAAUAAUUCUAGUGCGGGAAAACGGGGUGAUAAAUACGCCUUAAGACCCAGAUCGAUGAGAAGGAAAAAUCUCAUGUCUGAUUUCGAGGAGAUCCCUCUGGUGCAUCCGAAGUCUUCCACUUCCAAACAUACGUCCAAUGGAUCAAUAGCGAAGCCCCAAAAACCUAAAUCAGCCCCUUUAAGUAAGUACCGCAGGAAAACCGCUAACGCACGAGAAAGAACCCGAAUGCGGGAGAUCAAUCAGGCUUUUGAGGCUUUAAGGAUGGCGGUGCCUCAAAUUGCACCCAAUCAGCAACAGAAUGAAAAAUUGACAAAAAUAACCACUCUAAGGUUGGCAAUGAAGUAUAUCUCGGCACUUUCUGCGGCUCUGAGUAGCAGUCCAGCGGAAUUGCCCCAGCAGGAUAUCUUUUCUGAGUGUUCUGAGUUGGAAUCGUUCUUGUUGGAGUCGGACGGGGAAUCGUUGCCGCUUAAUAGUGAUGGGUCGGAUCAUUCUUUGACCCCGGCUGAUUUUUCUGCUGUUGACUUCGAUGAUUCUUUGACCUCAGUUGAUUUUUCUUCAGAUUUUUCGAAUCAUUUGCCGUUCGAUACUUAUUUAAGUGAUUUUAGUUAGCACCCUAAAUUAGUAAAAUUAUAUUGUUUUUAGGUAAAUAAUUGCGAUAGGUGGGUGAUGUUUCCAGUAAUGGUUGAAUAUGUAGGUCAGUAGGUAUUGCUAUUACAUCGUUUUCUCAACACUAUUUAAAGAACUUUUCAGUGAUAAAAGAGUGAUAAAAGGUUGGUUUUAUUUGAAAAUAUAAUAUAAUAAUAUUUUAAUGAAUGUUCACCAGAUUAAGAUAUUUAUUAUAAAAUUUUUAUAAUUUGUUUGGGUCUUAAAAUCGUUAUUCAGGGCAUUUCAGAUUUGCGUCUCAACAAAAUAUAAAAAAUGGUCCUAUAAACAUGAGUCCAAAAAGGAUUUGUUCCCAACAUACAGGCUGCUAAGCUUAACAAACGGUUUUUUUUUAUGAAUAGCUUUAAAAUGGUUUUGCCGAUUGGGAUAAAAUUUGUAUGGUUUAUUUAGGCACUUACACACAAUUGCUUGAGAUGAUGUACAUAGCAAGCAAGUUGGUUUUUCUUUAAUGUUUUAACAUCACUUUUUGUACGCCUAAUCAGAAGAAAUUAGUAAUUACUAUAUUUUAGUCUCUUGAGGAAUUUGCUUGCUUUGCUAGUUAUAUUUUCAAAAUCUGGAUUAGAUUGAAUUGUUUUAAUACUUCCAGAGUCUGCUAAUUAUUUAAAUAAACCACAAAAGUCUUGUUUAAAUUGGCAAUAACUUUUUAUUUUUUUAACUUAUCAGACUUUUCGAAUUCAAACUCACAAUUCUUUGGAUAUUUUAAUGAAAGAAACUCUGAAAUACCCUGCAUUUUUUAAAUUAUGCAAAAAUUGCUUUUCAAAUGUUUAAGAGUUCAAUAAUCAGAAUUGAAACUUGCCCUUUUUAAUGGUUCGUUGCCAUAUUUUGGCACAAUUUUUUAAGGAGUUCUUCAAAAAAUUUGCUUUUUCGCUAUCCAUUCGACCGAAAUCGUUCUUGGUUUUUUUUAAAUUAAAAAUUUUAAUGAACUGUAAAUAAUAGAAUUUAGAAAUGUCCACUUUUAUUAAUUAACAAAUCAUUAUUGGGUCAUUUUUGUAUUUAGAAAUUUAAUUUUUAAUAUAAAAUGGCCAUAUACCAAUAAAAAUUUACUAGUAUCAGGCCAAAUACUAAUUAUUUUUACUAAUUAUGUUUUGAAUUUUAUAUAAUUGAUCAUUAAGGCUUAAGAGCGGAAAGAAGUUUUUUUCUUCAAUAAUUUAAUCAUACAUAGAUUAAAUAUAUAUAUAUAUAUAGCUAGUCAUAUAAAUCAACCUUAAGAAAUAAAACAUAAAAAAGAAACAAAUUAAAAGGGUAAGACAUAUAAGCAGAUACCAAUCAUAAAGCAGUUCAGUAUUUUCUAUGGUUAAUUUUUAAUAUAUAAUAAAUGAAUAAAACUUAUACGCGAAUUUAAGGUAUAUUCGAUAUAUUAUAGUUUUCUAAUUUUCUUAAAACGUUUGAGUCAUCAAUUUUUAGUUAUUAGCACAAAUAUGUUCUUGUUUAUUUUGGCAACUAUUAAGCAUACAAUUUUUAAUAAGUACUAAAAAACGACAUUUUGAUGUCGUUCUUAUGUUUGUAUUGAUAUUAAAAAAAGUAUAAAAUGUCAAUCUUACUAAAAAUUAAAAUUUAAAAAAAACUUUCCUUAAAUUCUCUUAAAUGUUAUUACAAAUUUUCCACCUAAAUUAAGACACUAUAAAAAUGUCUGCAUAGCCUUUAACUAUUACACAUUUUAAAAAGAAAUUUUCUGUAGCAAUAUAAAAUAAAAGGACUCUCAAAAUUGCUUGUGCGUGGCCAGAAUCUACGCUUACUACACAACACUUAAUUAUCACAACUUCUUAUAUUUAUAUAUUAACAAAUUACAAACCUUUUUUAUUUAUAAAAUCUUUUUUCAGAGUUUAUUUUCCAGAAAGUAAAUGAAUUGGUAAAUAAUGGCUAAUUAAAUCUAUUGGAAACAGAUACCACCUAUACUUUACUAGUUUUAUCCUAAAAUAAACUAUAUUUUUGUUAUUACAUUUUUAAAAUCCUAUAGCGAAGCUGAAAAUACGGUUAUCUCACAGUUUAAUUAAGAUUUUUUUUUGUGAUAUUCUUUUAUAAAACAAAUAAUUCUUUUUUUUGUUGUAUAUACCUAUUAUUUUUUAUAAGCAUUUAUUAUUAUAUAGUUAUAAAUAUAUUUUGUACUUUUUUUAUAUGAUGUUUAACGCAAAAUUUUGUAAUAUAUAUAAGUAAUUAAAUUACUAUGUAGUUACCUUUAUAAAACUGUAAGAUAUUUUUUUUUUUGAAGAAACUCUGCUGAAAGCUUUAUUUUUGCAUAUAGCAUGUCAAGUUUAUAAUAUGGAAAUUAGAGAAUAUAUUCUAGUUUUAUUUUUUUUUGUUAUAUAAUUUUUCCAUAAAGGCAUUAAAAAGUGUUUUUUCUUAAUAUAAAUGGCAUAUAUGUAUGUAACUAGUACAUAAUGUUUCCUAGAAUUAUUCUAUAAACAGUGCCAUAGUACGGAAUAUCUAGAACAUUGUGAGUACUUAAUCAGUAUAUCGUAAUAGUUGUCAUAGAUAUUCUGUAAAAUAUUGUAUAUUUUUAAAUAAUUUUAAUACGUGAAAUCCAGUGCCUUAUUCCUAUACUUUGUACUAUAUAAUAAUAAUUAUUAUGUGUAUUAUGUUGAUGUUAAGUUUUAUAUUUUUGUAAAAAAUGUACAUUCCGCUUAGACUAUAAUAAAUUAAUAUAAAUAUAUUUAUUUUUUAGAA